GCGCAGCCGCCGUGUGAGAAGGCAGCCGACACCAACACCAGCCGAAGAGCAGCCAAGGCCACAACCCCAGCCGUUCCGGCCGCAGAAUAUCGAGGGACUGCGGCCGGAGCAUCGUGUCGAGGUAGCGGCACCAGAGACGGAAGCAUACCAUGUAUGCGAACAACAUCUAGUCUGGUGCCGUCUACCCAAUUGUUCCAGGCCGCAACAGCCUUUCAAAACUGUUGCGGCUUGGAAGAUCCACGUGCGGAGGGCCGCAUGCCAUCAACUUCAGAGUAA